UCACAUUUAAAACCACAUGUUCCUGUGUGCGAGACAACUGAGCCUGGAAGUCGGCAAGCAGGAAACGUGGUGACAGCAGAGUGGGACCGGGACAGACAUGCACGCCUCGCAGACGGCCUUGCACGCACUGGUGGCUGGAGAAGACUGGAUGUGAGCCCGUGGCGGAUUUUGCAAGCACAUAUACUUUGACAUAUCUGGAUCUGUGGAGACACUGGGCCAAAUCUGGCCGGUCCAAGACGGAUGACAGCAUCAAGGGCUUGUCCUGAUCAGAGAAAAUCGCAGAAAAAAGGAAAAAACUGCUAAGCACCGAUUGAUGUCUCAUUCUCCUCCUCUUUUUUUUUCAAAAAAAAGAGGAGAGCCUAUUUGGCUCCGGGAAAGCUCGUUGUGACAGGUCUCUGUUGGUGCGUCUGUGUGGUCCAGUGUGAGAAACCUGCUUCGUGAGUGUAAACGCAGACUGGCCUACCUCGCUGCUCAGUCGCUGGACGGUAUCCUUGAGAGUAAGUAGCAGGAUGAAGACACAGAAAUGUGCUGGACUUCACAUGUUGUUACUCCUGUAUGUCAGACUGAUGCUGGCCGUGGAUGCCUACAGACCCCAGAGAGACACAAACCAGGAGAGGUGGGAACAGGAACUAAGGGAUGCUGGGAGUCUGGACGAGCUUCUGAUGUUGACCGAGUACCCGGACUGGAAGCUGUGGAGAUGCAGGCUCAAGCUGAAGCACUUUGAAUACGCUACGCCGCCUGAGAACCGCAGAUCCACUCGCUAUGCAGCCGCAUCCUUUAGCCCAGAGAUGCUAAAAGAUAUUGAUGACGAAUGGCAGAAAACACAAUGUAUGCCCAGAGAGACAUGUGUAGAUGUGGCUAAAGAGCUGGGCACCAAUACGGCUGUGUUCUUUAAGCCCCCCUGCGUCUCUGUCUUCAGAUGUGGCGGCUGCUGCAACAAAGAGGGAGUUACCUGCCGUAAUACAAGCGUGACUUAUGUCAAUAAAACUAUUUUGAGUGUGAGUCUGGCUCCGUAUAAAACUGGACCAGAGCCCGUGCUGGUGAAAAUAGCCAAUCACACUGAGUGUAUGUGCCAGGAACAUUCGCUGAUCCGCAGACAUGUUCGUGAGAAACACAAAAAGAGUUGCUCUCCUACACGUAAACCAGAAGACAAGAGGCUGUGCAACAAAGGUUUAAUAUGGGACUGGACGGCGGAGCGAUGUGUGAUGUACCCCUCCAGUAAACAAGAGCCUCCGUCUACUGUCAGUGAGGAAGACUGUGAGAUUGAUGUAGAGCGAUGUGAAUGUAUUCCAAAAGUAUGGACACACAGAUUACACCAUACGUGACACGAUUCAACAAAUCUUCUGAAGCUGCAAGAGAGAAAACAACGAUGAACACAACGCCCUGACAAUCUGCAAGUGCCGAGCGCAGAGACUUCAAAACACCAUUUAAUUUAUUUAUCUCUCUAUUUAUAUC